GCUACACCAACUUUAGCAAUUGCACCGAAGCAUGGAAAUCCGCCAAGCCGAAAUCACCGACCCCGCGAUCCCGUCCAUUGCCCUUGGCACGGAGGGUGUGCCGUAUCCUGUGCCAGGAGAAGUGGCGCAGAUCGAGGCCAACAAGCAAAUGGCCCGAGCUGCCGCCGAGAAGGAGCGGCAGCGCCGCACCGACGAAGUUCGCAGCCUCGAGAGCGAAAGCGCCAUAGCCCGCGAAAUCAACAUCGAAUACGCCAUUGCAGCGAUGGAAACGGAGCGCACGCGGCGCGUGAGCCAACACAACCUUGCUAUCGUGCACAACCAACUCGUUCGGGAGAAUUCGAAGAAGGAAGUCGCGCGACUCGUUGAAGACGAGCGCGGGCGUCGCAUGAGCCAAAGCAGCAUGGCGGCUGUGCACGAUGAAAUUCAUCGCGAACAAGCCAAGCAGGUCGCUGUGGUGCAAAUGGAACAAGAACGCUCUCGUCGAAUGAGCGAAGGCACGAUCGCCAACGUGCACAACGAGCUGCUCCGCGCUCAAUCGAAGCGUGCAGUCGUUGUGGCUAUGGAAGCCGAGCGCGCUCGUCGCAUGAGCCAUGACGCGAUUGCCGAGGUGCACUGUGAUCUCUUGCGACGCAAUUCCAUCGACAAGGUCGUGCAGCUCGCCGAAGGCGAGCGCAGUCGACGCGUCCAAGAGCACGGGGAUCAAGUGGCUGCGGACGAACUCGCUCGGGCGGCGGGCCAAGCUGCCGCAGUCGAAGCUGCCGAGUCCGAACGCAUCCGGCGUUUGAGUUCUCUGGAGCAUGUCGCCACGAUGGCGGGUAUUUCCGCAGUCGAAGGAAGCGUUGCGCCGGUGGAUGUAGCGAAGUCCAGUCAAGAAGAGUCAUUGUCUGAGCUGCCAGUCGCGUCAACCGCUCCCGACGUCGAGAAACUGGCGCUGCGCGGUACACCCGUGUGCGAAUACCUUUUGGUGGAUCACGACGCUCUAGAUCUGCGCGAGACGUUGGCGGAUGUCUUGCCUGCGCUCCCCGCGAACUGCGAUGCGUCCAAGCUCCAGACCAUCCGUCUGCUGCGAUUCUUGCGCGGUCACAAAGGCAACGUCGAUGCUGCGGCGGCCAAGUACCGAGCGAACGUCGACUUGCGCCAAAAGUACAACCUCGACACGAUUCGCGACAAUAUCGUGCUGGGCCGCAUGACCGUACAAGAUUUUCCCCACUACGAGAAGAUACGGCGCUACGUGCCCGCGGUGACUGCCUAUGACAUCGAGGACGACAGCCACAACGUGCUGGCUUUCGAAAAGGUCGGGGCCGUCGACGUCCAUGGUCUCAUGGUGAACGUGUCGGAGGCCGAGUGGCUCACGUUUGCCCUGCACGAGCUGGAGCUGAGGGCGCUGACGCUCGACCAGCGGAGCCUCGAGCAUAGGACGCUCGUUUGCGUCACGGUCCUCCGCGACUUGGAUGGGUUCUCGCUCACCCGAUUAACGCGGCCAGCGCUGGCGCGGCUUCAGCGCACAGUGUCCCUCGCCUCGACGUGCUACCCAGAAUCUGUGCACAAGAGCGUCUUUGUCAACACCCCCUGGGUGUUCUAUACGGCAUGGAAAGGCAUCCAGCUAUGGCUCGACGACGCCCAGCGGCAGAAAACGGUCUUCUUGACGCGUGGCGAUGCCUCUGGUGCCCUGGAUGUGAUCUGCCCGCCCGCCAAACGCCCGCUUCUUUUUGGGGGCACCAACGAACGGAUCGAUCUCCGACCCACGGGGCUUCUCGGAAAAGACUCGUACGCGUUGCUCCGUGAGAAUGGCGCGACAGAAGCGGACAUUCGACCGCGAGAUGUGCUCACCGUGCCAUUUCGCAUGAACGCCAACGACACGCUGUGUUGGGAGUUUUGUGUGGCGCAGUACGACGUCGACUUUCUCGUCAAGUUUCGCACCCAGGGCGAUGGCGGCGCCGUGGAGCAGAGCGUCGAGGGAUGGGACAAAGCUCGCUUUGUGCACGGACAGGUGGAGGCCGCGAGCUGGACCGCGCCGUCCGCGGGCGUCGCCGUGCUUUGCUGGGACAACUCGUUUUCGUGGACCCGCGGCAAGACGCUGUGCUACAAGGCGAGUGUGGCCAAGCCGUCCAUCGUCAUGAACGACAUGUCGGACGAUGCGAUGGACUUAUCUGGCCACACGUCGCUCUGACGCAUCCCCAGCCAUCCAUUUGUCAUGCCAGUCCUGGCACAAUACAGCGUCGAGUAAAUUGUGCUGAAAUGCAGUAGUGUACUCAACCAAGCGCCUGUGCAAA